AGGAGGCACCUGGAAGGGGAAUAAAGUCCACUGAAUCAACAGUUGACAAUGUCUGCCCUACCUAAAAGGAUCAUAAGAGAAACCGAACGUUUAAUUUCCGACCCAGUACCGGAUAUUACUGCUACUCCACAUGAAGACAACUUGCGUUAUUUUGAUGUGUCGUUGAAAGGACCAGCAGGUUCACCUUAUGAGAGUGGUGUUUUCAAACUUGAACUUUACCUACCUGAUGACUACCCUAUGACGGCGCCCAAAGUGCGUUUUUUGACCAGAAUCUAUCAUCCAAAUAUUGAUCGUCUAGGGAGAAUCUGUCUUGAUGUUUUGAAAAACAACUGGAGUCCAGCAUUACAAAUUCGUACUAUAUUGUUAUCUAUACAGGCGCUAUUAAGUUCACCUAAUCCAGAUGAUCCUUUAGCUAACGAAGUCGCCCAAGAAUGGAAAGGCAACCACGCAAAGGCAAUUGCUACAGCAAAAGAAUGGACUGAAAAGUUUGCAACUCCCUAGAUCUUCAAUACUUUAUUGCUUUAGGAAUAACGCUUGCACUGGUUAUUACCUACAUAUAAUUUAGGUAAAUAAGUUUAUGUAUCAGAUCUUUAUUUCACUUUAUCCUAUAAAUGUGCUUUCAUUUCUUUACGAAGGACUACCACUUCACCACCCCAGGCUUCACGUAUAACGUCCAUGAAAUCAUCAACGUACUUCACGUCAACAUCAAACUCUUUUCUGACCCAUGACUCUACGUCGGAAGAAAAUUUGUAUCGCCUUUUCUUAUCACCUAAACACUGCUCUUCUUCUAAGACCAGUUUCGUCAAAACCGCAUUAGCCUCAUCCCUGUCUGAAAGUGAUUCAAUGUAAGCUGAUAUCAAAUCUUUUCGAUUUAAUCUUGGUACAAUCACCUUUGUGAUCUUGC